ACAAGAACACACCGGGAAAACGGAGCGAGGAACGAAAAUAAUAGGCGAGAGAGAGAGGGAGAAGGAAACACCGCAGCCCCUCUGUCCGUCCGUCCGUUGGUUGUUGUGUGUGUGUGUGUUUCUUUUUUUUUUUUUUUUUUUGGAGGAGGAGGAGGAGGGGGGGAGAAAUCGUCUUUUCUUUUAACGCAGACUUGCGGACUAACAUGGGGGGAAGAGAGAGCUCCUGACGAGGAUUGACUUUCAGUGAACCUCUGCUCUGUGGUACAAGUCUGUGGCUAAUCAGACAGGGAGGAAAAAGGCGACAGGGAAGACAUGUUGAGGGGUUUUUCGUCUUGAGGUUGCGGUAGGAUGUUGAUGUUGUGCUUUUAUAAAUAGACGGCUCUCGCUGAGAAAUUAGAAAGGAAAAAGAAAAAGAGGACAAAUGGAAAUUGGGCGGUAGGCUACGCUCAGGAGCCAUUGUUUUGAUCGGUGUUUAUUUAAUUGGUUUGUUAUGAUCUGAAAUAACCAAGGCCUCUCAGGCAGCCCCGCAGUAAAUAAAUACACGGUCAGCAAACGAGGGGGAGCUGCAUCGCUGGAAAUUAACAAUUUACAAUUUAUAUUUUACGGGGACAUUUUUGAAUUGAACCGCUGUGUUUUGCGUGAAGUUAAAGGCAGUGUUUUAUGGGAUAUUGGUUUUCCAAAACCAGAAACGCGGCGUUUGGAUGAAAUUGCUUAACCGGAGAGCCAAAACAUUUCCAGAUACAUCAACUCUUUAGGGGGUCAUACAAAGGCCCAGUAGAAAACACAGGGAAGGCUACUUGGCAGCUUUAAGAGACCAUAUAACUGCACAGUAACCAAGAAAGAAAGAAAGAAAUCCACCAGAGGCUGGAUUUCAGCACGGAGGUGUCUGUUUUAGCCCCAGUUUAGCUCAACAAAGGGGACAAAAGAAGAUUUUUUAAAUGUUAAUGUCGACCGACGUUGCAUCAAUCAUGCUGCCUGUGUCCCGGGGUCUCAUGGACCGGGAUAGAGAGCUGGACACCAUGGCCGGGGUGCAUCCCAACCCGGGCGGCGCUCCUGCAGCUGUCCGGGGCAUGAAGCGCGGAGACCCGGAGCCUGACGGACAGACAGCGGCGGCUCUGGUGGACUCGGCCGGGGCUGAGUGCAAGCGUCCCCGGAUCGACGGCUCAGGAGGCAUCGGCGAGGUUGGUCAGAAUAACGACCCUCUGACCCUUGGUUACCAUGGCUACCCGCCUCAUAGUCAGGGCUCUCAGGAUAGUGCUGGCGGUCAGGAGGGACUCGUACCCCCACCUUUCUCUGCAUUCCCUCCACCUCCACCACCGCCCCCCCAGAACGGCCUGGCCCUGGAUUACGGGGGCAGCCUGUACGCAGCGGGGGCAGUCCAGGGCCCCGUGGAACCCGGCGGAGCAGCGAACAGUGCCGCCAACGCCGCCAACAGCCUCAGUGCCCAACAGUCAGAUGGGUCCUCCCAGAUUGACGGACAGCCAGGGGUUGGCUCAGGGGGAGGAGGUGGUGGGGGGAGCGCCGGGGAUGAUUCAGACGCCAAGGGUACCCCCAAACGCCUCCACGUGUCCAACAUUCCCUUCCGCUUCCGAGACCCUGACUUACGGCAGAUGUUUGGGCAAUUUGGCAAAAUCCUUGACGUCGAGAUCAUUUUCAAUGAGAGGGGAUCCAAGGGCUUCGGUUUUGUAACAUUCGAGUCGAGUGCAGAUGCAGAGAGGGCCAGAGAGAAGCUUCACGGUACACUGGUGGAAGGACGUAAAAUUGAGGUCAAUAAUGCCACAGCCAGAGUGAUGACGAACAAGAAGAUGACCACACCGUACUCGAACGGAGAGGGCCUUGCUGCUCUUCCAUAUGCUGGGUGGAAGUUGAGUCCCAUGGUUGGAGCGAUGUACAGUCCUGAGCUCUAUACAGUACCAGGGUUCCCAUACCCAGCAGCAGCAGCAGCUGCUUCCACCGCUGCGACCUUUCGAGGCGCUCAUCUGCGGGGUCGUGCCCGGCCCGUCUACAGUGCAGUCAGGGCAGCUGUGCCACAACCUGCCAUCCCGACAUAUCCUGGUGUGAUGGCCUAUCAGGAUGGUUUUUACGGUGCAGCCGAUCUCUAUGGUGGCUAUGCAGCGUAUCGUUACGCCCAGCCGACUGCGGUAGCGACUCCUGCAGCAGCGGCGGCUGCAGCGGCAGCUUACAGUGACAGCUACGGACGAGUUUACACGGCAGACCCCUACCAUGCUGCACUCGCCCCAGCUGCCUACGGUGUUGGAGCCAUGGCCACGCUGUACAGGGGAGGCUAUAGUAGAUUUGCCCCUUACUGAGGGCACUACAUUUCCCAGGAGCUCCUCUCUUCCAUUGAUUUACUCUAAAAGAGCUCCCUCUGGUGUCAUGGAGGUGGACUGCACCCCGUUUUAAAGUGUGGCAUCAGCCAUGACAAAGAAAUUUCUGAUCCCACCCCAGAGCAGUCCCACAUUUUCUUAUACGCUACUACAGAAAUAGAGGAAUGCUGUAUUAAAGACUGACGGAUGGCCUUCACAUUAAAAAAGAAGAAAAAAAAAGACUUAAAAUGGCCACCUUCCCUAUUGCACGGCUGUAUUAUAGUCCCCUCCCCUUCUCAUUCCCUCUGCACUCAGCAGCACAAGACUCGCGAUGGAGCCCAGAUGUUCUUCCAAAGGCUGUAUGUGGAUAACUGACAUUUAAACAGCUGUCAACCAUGUAUGAGAAAGAGCUGAGUGCUGUGUGGCCUGCACACACUCGAUGUUUGCCGAGAAAGAGAGGGAAGCAAGAAAUCGAGGUGCCCACAAAACGUUGGUGCAGUAGGAAGCAGGGAGAUGCUUCAAAAGAGGCAUCUAAAAACGUUUUGAACCGAAAUGACGAGUCACUAUAAUGAUAGAACACCCACUGAUGGAUUUUAUAAUUCCUCCUUUACGUGGGCAGAUAGUAAAUGAGAGAUGAUUUCCAUUCUUGUGUUCUGGUAGAGGGAGACUGAACAUGGCGGCUUGGAGAGAUGAUGUGAUGGUUUAUAACGCUACAGAAAUCAUGUCCGAAAGCUGAAGGAAGGAGGGUUAUUAGAGCUGUUCCUUACCUCAAGUUUUCUUAGUAUGUGGAAAUGGUGAACCUUUAAACUUAAAAUUGUUAUGAUAUGCAAAGAAAUUAGUUUAGAGAAAAAAGUUACCAAAUUAUUAUUAUUAUUAUUAUUAUUAUUGUAAUUAUUCUCAUUAUAAUUCUUAUUAAACCAUUAUUUUUGUUUGACUCAGCUACAUAGCAGCCACUGCUGUUAUGGGACAUGUAGAUUAAACAGUAAAAUCAGAAAAUGAGCAUCUGUUAAACUGAAAUUCCACCUUUUGACUAUGUGACACAACUUUAGUCUGACCUCAUCCUCAUACACAGGAUUUCACUAUACUCUGUGUGCAGACACCACUAAAUCCUACAGAAAGUGUGACACUACACUGAAAAACAGUUUUUCGUUUAGUUGGUUUUUAGAUUUAUACCCAAACUCAAUCCUCCAUCCACAACCCUGGGGUUCAAGUAUUUGUUGAUUCUUUAAUGUAGAGAUUUAUUAUUUGGAUUUUCCCCUCAUGCUCCAUCUUUUAUAGAGCAAAGUCCAACAUUGAACGAGUCUUCCUGAAACAUACUUUAGUUGGUAAUUAUGUUCGCAAGGCUGUCAGCAGCAAUUACUGAGCAAGAGAGCGGUUUCUGUCGUUGAGUUGAUAGAAAAUAUUUAAAUGCAAAAUACCUUACUAUUGUGCAUAUUUCUAUACCGUUGUAUUUCCAAAACGUGGCUUUUUUGGCUUUUGUUUUUGUUCCAAAGAUUUGUAGAAAGCACAUUUUUCUGCCGUAUGUAUAAAUAUAUAAUCUUUGUUAUUGUUAUCUAUCAUAAUCCUUGAUAAUCCUAUUGCUGUCUUUAUUUACUUUCUUUCAUCUUCUUUUUUUUUAAUAUCUGUAAGUGUUGUUCCUUUUUCAGUAAGGUGCAAGGUCUUGAGCCGAGAGCAUACCUGAGUAGUGACAAACUAGAGGUAUGUAUGUAACACUACCAACCAUUUGUCCUCUCAGUUAAAUAUUCAGUCAGUCCAGGCGUUUUAUUUUUUGUUUUGUUUUGUUUUGUUGAUUAUAGGAUCCUCUUUCAAGUAUAUUUCAAAAUAUAUGCAGGAGCGGCUGGAUUUCUCUUUUUUUUCAUGUCCAUAUUUUGCAGGUGACUGAGACAUUUGGAAAGAAUGAACAUAGGCCUGUAGCACUUUGGUUAAAACCAACUGUGUUCUUUUCAUUUUCACCUUUUUUGUUUUUUCUAAUAGUUUUUGUUUAACACAGACUCCAUACAUUUCAGUGGUGAAAUCUGUCAGCUUGGCCAGCGUGGUCGCUUCUGGUUUAUUUGAAGAUAUCAAUAUCAAAAUGUCUGAAAGUGUUAUCUCUCAUACAUGUGCAUGUUAAAGGACCACUGUGUAGGAUUUAGUUGUAUCUAGCAGUGAAGUUAUAGAUUGCAACCAACUGAAUACCCCUACCCUCACCCCUCCCUUUCCAAGCAUGUAGGAGAAUCUGCAGUGGCUUUUGGGUAAUGUAAAAACUUGUGUGCUCUACAGUUUGGUUUGUUUGUUCUGGGCUAUUGUAGAAACGUGCAACAUUGCAGGCUCUGUGGGAGAGGACCUGCUCCCUAUGUAGAUAUGAAUGGCACAUUCUUAGCUAACAAAAUUGCAUUGUGCACUAACGAAAACAUAAUUAUGAAUAUUAUAUCCCAUUUCUGCCAAUACAUCCACCUAAAUCCUACACACUCGUCCUUUAAUAUUCCAAAAUGGUGAAAUCAAAAUGUCAAUUGUGGCAUAUGAUCUAAGUUGUGUGUAAAAUGGGGAAGUUCCGUUAACUAAUUUCAAAGCUACUGUUGUGUUUUCCACCUCUCAUACUUGGAAAAACAUGCAGGUCAAUAAGAUGUUUUUUUUUUUUUUUCUAUUAAAUGUGCUGCUGUUGAAUUUGCUCAUGACAUUUAACAUUUCUUUUUAAUAUCUCAAUAUUAACAUAGAAUGUGCUCUGGACAAAAAGAAGAAAAAAAAGAAAGAAAAGAAAACCUAGCCAAAGAUGCUAACUAACAGUCCCUAGCACGUUCUGGUUCUCAACUUGAACAGUGCUAAAUAAAAUUUGCAAAGAUGGACUUUUGGAGCCACUGAAGGCAUGGACAAACCAGCAUGAGCGAGUCUUGUCAAGUUAAAAAAAAAAAAAAAAAAAAAAAAGUUUUGCAUGAAUCUUGUGUCUUUCAUAUUUGACUCCUGAGCAACCGAGCCUAGUUGUGUUCUUCUUUACCACUAAACUCCAUGGAGAAUGACAGGCAGCUAGCGGUUUGAAGCUAGUUAGCACAAAAAAGAGCACAGUGCUGUAUGGCAAAAAAGCCUGCUGACAAACAAAAUGGCUGCCGCACAAAGAUCAUUUUCCUGUCGUGGAUUUCUUGCCACUGUAUUAUAGUAAACUAUGUGACCAUUCUUCAUAGUUACUAUGGUUUCUCAAUGACCAGUCCUAUCCCUAUGUCAUGUCUAUACCCCCCUUGACUGCCAUUAUUAUUAUUAUUUUUUUUUUUUGUUUGUUUUUUGUUUUUUGUUAUUGAAUGUCCAUAUAAAAUGUUUUAUAUAAAAAUGUUUUGUUGUGAUCAAA